AACAGGUUGCAUCCAUGUGUGUUCAGUCAUGGGAGUGCAAGCAGGAAUUACUACAUGUCAACAGAACUUGUGUAACGCGGGUCCGCCUGUACACACACGUCCCAGAGCGAGAGACCGCUGUCAUUACAAAGCACCGGCGCUUCAGUAAAGCCUACAGGAAACCAGCACAAUGACAUGGAGAUUAGUAAUCAUCAAAGCCCCUGCAGCACCACAGAACUGAGCCGUGCCCUUCCCAGCGUUCCCGGGAACACGACAAACAUCGCUCAGGUGAACUUCCUCUGUAACUGAGAUUGUGCUUCACAAGAGUUACGUUGCCAGGCGUGACAUCAGCGCAGACCAAACAAACGGCGAGGUUUAGCCGAGAGGAGGGUGGAGACGCGGCUCUAUCUGCACCUGAACGACGUCAGCCUCACCUGUUCCUCAAUCUCUGGACUUUAACACUUGGGAUCUAUGAAGGACUCUGAACUGUAGAAGAAGAUCUUAAAAUCAAGGCUAACUACAAAUAUCUUGGCGGUAAAGAGGUUACGAAACACCUCUAACGUUUGUUGGCUUCAGACGUGGGUGUGAAUACCUGCGCACCUUUCCAGAAUCUAGAUUUCUCCGCUCAUCACAUGUUGUCACAGUGCUGAAGAAACAGCUCAAGGAUUACGAUGCCUCUAAGGACGUCGCUUUACCGCAAACCAACAUCUGGAAGAUGGCAGAGGAGAUUAACAAACCGAAAGGAGGUUGUGUCAGUCAACAUGAUCAGCCUUCCUCUCGGUGACUUCCGGCACGUCUCUCACAUCGGAAUAGACGGACACUCGGAGAGUUUCGGCGACCUCUCGUUCUUGAAGGAGGGCCAGAGUCUCCUGCUUCAGAGCUCCAAGAGCGAGCAGAACCUGUUCCUCGCGUGCGCGCCACCGCCGAAGCCGCCCCGCGUCAACCUGGACGAACCGGGCCGAUGCAGCCCGAUCUGGGAACGCGCGCCGGCCAAUCAGAGGCAGAAAUGCAGCUCGCUUCCCCUCCUGGAAGCCGAGGAAGAGGAGGAAGAGUGUUCGCACGUGGAGCCCAGAAGCAUCAGCAGGAGUCCGGCUCGUGGCAGCCUGAGUUCUGGACGAGAUUCAACACAAACAAACCCAGAAGAAACACAGCCAGACCAAACCGACACCGCCUUCACGUUCAGUCUGGAUCUGGGACCCUCCAUACUGGACGCCGUCCUGCAGGUGAUGGAUAAAGUCCAGCAAUAGGUCGCAACGGGAGCCGUGAACUGUUUUUGAUCAACAUCUGAACUCUGGACAAUAACAAAACUGCUUCAUAUUGCUCAACAAAAUAUUUCUUCUUGGAACUGUACGAUUAGGAAACGUCUCAAACUGUUUUUGUGUCCAAACUCCACACCCUUUAUUAAGAAAUAUCCCCCUUCCAGUGAAGUCUGGAUGUGCUCUUAUUAUGUAACGUUGUGUAACGGUUGCUGACCGUCCACAAUCAGAUAUUUUAAGGCAGCGUUAGUCAAUGUGUGCCGAAGUCUAGUUAAUGAUUAAGCGGCUUUUAUUUCACCACUUAAACUGUGAUUUCCUCGUUUGCUCUCUGAGCCCCACUCCUUUGCUUUAGUACACUGCAUUCACAGAUGAAAUUAACCUUGUGAGAAGAUUUCCUUCUGUCUGCACUGGAAUGGUUAAAAACACUGUAUGAUUAAUUAUAUCAAGCUAUAUUCUUUCUAUAAGGACAACCUAUAAAGUCAAUUCAGUGACAACUAGCCAGAUUAAAUAACAAUAUGCCAACUAGUUCACAAGUGGAAGGGAACAACAGUAAUUCCUUAAUAAAAUAAUGUUUAUUUUUAAUAAAAAUGCAUGUAUGUA